AUGAGUCAUCUUUGGAUUGCCAGUCUUUUUCUCAUCCUUUUUUUUAUUUUAAUUUUUUAUUAUCUAUUACGGAUCUAUGUGAUCAAUGGUCCCACCACAAAUGCUCUUUCCGAAUUAUUCAUCCAUCCUAACAAUAACAACAAUAACAAAAUAAAUGUUCUCAUUACAGGAUGUUCCGAUGGGAUUGGAAGAUUUUGUGCUGAAGAAUUUUAUAGACAUGGAAUGAGAGUAUUUAUGGCUUGUCGGAAUGAAGAAAAAACUCGACGAGUCAUGAAAGAAAUGAUUGAGAAUAAUCACUUGAAUGAUUUAAAAGGAGAAUUACAUUUCUUAAAGUUAAAUCUUGAUGAAAUGGAAAGCGUUAAGAAAUGUGCUGAUGAAUUUUUGAAAAGUGGUCAUGUCUUGGAUGUUUUGAUCAAUAAUGCUGGAAGUUUAUUGACCGAAAUUACUUUUAGAGAGUCUCAUGUGGAAAAUAUGUUUCAGAGAAAUGUUCUUGGACAUCACUUGUUGACAGAAUUAUUGUGGCAUAAUUUGGAGAGUAAUGUGAAUGGGGCUCGAGUUGUGAAUGUGGCGUCAAAUGCUCAUCAUUUUGUGAGCGAGAGUGAUUUCAUUGUGUCAUCAGCUGAAAAGUCGAAAAGUGAUAUCACAUCAACCACCAACCGACCUUCAUAUUCGUUGGCUCAAUAUGUGAAAGAGCCAAGGACACGAAAUUUUCUCCAAAAUUUCCUUUCAACCUUUGAAGUGAACAAGCAAUAUGGAUUGACCAAGUUGUGCAAUAUUUAUCAAACUUAUUAUUUUCAUGAGGAGAAAAUUAAGAAAAAUCCAAAAAGUAAGGUCACCAUUAAUUGCUGUCAUCCUGGUGCUAUUCAAAGCGCCUUCUCAACACAAUUUGCUGGAUCUUUACCUUUUAUUCUUUCCAAAGGUUUCUUACUGAUUGAAUACUUGUUUUUCAAAAAUACCAAACAAGGAUCACAAAACACAAUUCAUUUGGCAUUUUCGAAACAAGUGGAACACCAAUCAGGUCAGUAUUUUGAUGAUUUGAAGGUGGCCACUCCCUCUUCCGCUGCUCUCAACAAAAGUCUCUAUGAGGAUUAUGUGAAAAUUUGUCAUGAAAUGUGCCAACCAUUUCUUUAUUAA